AAAGGCGCAUUAUAACCGCGGCUGAAGAGCAGAACCCGAGCAGAGCAGCAGCACAACACGACAACAACCGCUCUGACAGACAGAAAUAAACACACAAACAGCAGCGCGCGGUGACGUCAGGGUUCUCAGCCGCGUGUGUGUGUGUGUAGACAGAAGACACGUCGCUGCGCUCGUAUGCAGUCCGACUGGAUAUUUAUGAAGCUUUCAAGGCCUUUUGAUUGAUCGGUCGCUCCAUGGGGAUUCUCCGGUGCUUUCCGUCUGGUUUCUCCCGCCCUUCACCCCUCGGCCUGCCCUCCACCCUCUACAGCACCGCCUCCAUACAAAUCAUGAAACUGGUAUUAACUGAAUGGCAAUUGAUAUGGAUUUUUACUGUUUCCAGUAGACAGUAAACACACUUACACACACAUACAUGCACAUACACGCUCACACACACCCACACACAUCAGCGGGAGUGACCUCAUGAUAGAGUCACAUCCUCCGCAAUUGUCCGAAGUGGAAACGAAUGCAAAACGCCUUCAUCAAAUGCCACGUUUUUUGAGGAUGUUCAUCACACCUUGAAUCUUGUCCACGGCUUCUCUCCAUCCGCUGGGAUUGAUCCCUGCUCUACAUUUCUGCAUUAUCCUGUGUGUGUUGUUCGCGUGUGAUCUGCAUGCCGGCGGCGGCGACGAUGGCUCCGCAGAACAGCGACGCAGACGGCGUGCAGAUGCUGACGCCUGUGGAGAAGCUGGCAGGAGGAGGCGGGGCUAAUGGAGUGGGUGGAGCUGGUGGGCGGGACUUGGAGAGUCAGGAGGAGUCGGUCAGCGAGGGGUCUAUAGAUCGGAUCCCGCUGCGACAGUGGAUCAUGCACGGAGCCGUCAUGUUCGGACGCGAGUUCUGCUACGCCAUGGAGACGGCGCUGGUCACACCGGUGCUCCUGCAGAUAGGUCUCCCUGAGCAGUACUACAGUCUGACCUGGUUCCUGAGCCCCAUCCUUGGCCUGAUCUUCACUCCUCUGAUCGGCUCAGCCAGUGACCGCUGUACGCUGCGCUGGGGCCGCAGGAGACCCUUCAUCCUGGCCCUGUGUGUGGGUGUGCUGCUGGGUGUCGCUCUCUUCCUCAACGGCUCACUCAUAGGUCUUGCGAUCGGAGACGUCCCGAAUAACCAGCCAAUUGGGAUUGUGAUGACUGUGUUAGGGGUGGUGGUGCUGGACUUUUGUGCGGAUGCGACCGAGGGUCCGAUCCGAGCGUAUCUGCUGGACGUGGCGGACACCGAAGAGCAGGACAUGGCCCUCAAUAUACAUGCGUUCUCUGCAGGGCUGGGAGGAGCAGUCGGCUACGCUCUCGGCGGCCUCGACUGGACUCACACUUUCCUAGGACGAACCUUUAAAUCUCAAGAGCAGAUUCUGUUCCUGUUCGCAUCGGUGCUGUUCACUGUUUCCGUCGCCCUUCAUCUAUUCAGCAUCGAAGAGCAGCAGUUCAGCCCACAGCAGGAGCGUCUGGACGAAGACGCGGACACAGAAUCCAGUGUUAAAACUGCGCCGCAUCAACCGCUCGACAUGAUCCACGAAGACGAACCCUACGACUACUACGACUGCGAGCGCCGCUCUGAACGAGACCUCGAUAUGGACUUUCUGGAUGUGGAAAUCGUGCGCAGCAAAAGCGACUCCGUUUUAGCUAUGGCCGACGCUACUUUAGAUCAUCACGAUAUGUUGUUUCUACGCGAGAUUGAGCCGUCGAUAUUUCAAGAUCGCGUCUCGUCCUAUCACGGAUCUCCACCGCGACGCAGCAGCAGUACAGGGAGCCAGGAGUUUCUCCGCGGGAAGUUUUGCAGAUUAUCAGCGUUUCUGCAACAAGUGGAACGUGACGGUGAAGAAGCGCUGCUUAAUAAUCAACUCAACGAAUGUAAAGCUGCUAACGGACAUCAGGUUGAUAUUAACGGACACGUGGAUGCUGGUUUAAAAGAGUCCAGUGCUAAUGCAUCCAUACGCCGCAGACGACACACCUUUUACCGUCAGUCGUCAUGCACUUUUUCCUAUUACGGACGUGUGGGAUCUCAUCGCUACCGCUACCGGCGCGCAAACGCAGCAUUUCUCAUCAAACCAUCGAGAAGUAUGAAUGAUAUUUACGAGCUGGAGAAAAGGCAGAAGCAGAGGAACGGACAGAGGAUUCGACAUCAGAGCGGGAACACGAACUCUAGUGGAGAUACAGAGAGCGAGGAGGGGGAAGCUGAAACUACCGUUCGUCUGCUGUGGAUGUCGAUGCUGAAGAUGCCCAAAGAGCUGUUUAGGCUGUGCGUGUGUCAUCUCGUCACCUGGUUCUCCAUCAUCGCUGAGGCCGUGUUUUAUACCGACUUUAUGGGGCAGGUCAUCUAUGAGGGAGACCCUACUGCUCCACUGAACUCCACUGCUCUUCAUAACUAUCAUCGAGGGGUUCAGAUGGGCUGUUGGGGUCUGGUGAUUUACGCUGCUACCGCCGCCAUCUGCUCAGCUCUCCUGCAGAAAUACCUGGACAACUUUGACCUGAGCAUUAAGGUGAUCUACAUCCUGGGCACGCUGGGUUUCUCCAUCGGGACGGCUGUCAUGUCCAUCUUCCCCAAUGUGUACGUGUCGAUGGUGAUGAUCAGCAGCAUGGGCAUCAUCUCCAUGAGCAUCUCCUACUGCCCGUACGCUCUGCUGGGACAGUACCACGACAACAAAGAGUAUGUCCAGCACAGUCCCGGCAGCUCCAAGCGUGGUUUCGGCAUCGACUGCGCCAUCCUGUCCUGCCAGGUCUACAUCUCGCAGAUCCUGGUGGCGUCUGCGCUGGGCUCGGUGGUGGAGGCGGUGGGCUCGGUGCGGGUCAUCCCCAUGGUGGCAUCCGGGGGGUCAUUUCUGGGCUUCCUGGCCUCCUGCUUUCUGGUCAUUUACCCGGGGUCCCAUCAGUCGGAGUCGGACGGGGCCAAGAGCGAACACACCAAAGCAUUAACAUCUAACGGCAGCAGCGCGGAGAAGCCCAGUUUCCUCAAACUCAAUCGCAAAGGCACCGCGACCACCACCUGCAAAGUGGAGUGCGAAUCCACGCUGUGAAUGAAUGUGCCAGAAUUCCCGGGUUCAUCCGGGUUUGGGCUGCGGGCGGGUCUCAGGGCUGCGUCUCAGGACUGCACUGUUUAGGAGAGACUACAUGCACUUCUUCUUCCCUUGCACACUUCCAUUCUCAACAUGUGUGAUGUACAGUAGUGAUGGGUCGUUCUUAAAAGAUUCGUUCAUUUUGAAUGAUUCGUUUAUUUUGAACGAUUGAUUCAUUUUUAAUGAAUCGUAAGCAUGACUCGAGAACAAUGAGUCCACUCAGGGAAUGAUUCACUCAUUCACGGAGAUGAUCAGUUCUUUUUUUGAGUCUUUUAUCGGGUUUGAGUCAUUUGUUCAUCAUGUGAAAGACACACAGUAAGCAAAUCAUAUUCAAUCAGAGCCUGAAAAAGAUUCGUUUAGUUUUUUCAGAGUCAUUUAUCAGGUUUGAGUCAUUCAUUCAUUAUGAGAAAGGCACACUGUAAUCCAAACAUUUGCAGUCAGAGCUGGAAAAAGAUUCGAUUUGUUCAUUUUUUCCCCCGAGUCAUUUAUCAGGUUUGAGUCAUUCGUUCAUUAUGAGAAA